ACACUCCCUCCCUCGUCUCUUCACUUCACUUCACUGCGCUCUCUUCUUCCUCUCUUAUUAAUUAUUCAUUCAUUAUUCAUUAUUCAUAUCAAAAUUGAAUUCAUUCAUAGUUUGCAAUUUGCAACAACAAAACCCUAAUCGGAAACCCGAAAUGGCGGUGGCGGAGGUAACCGGCGGCGGCGGCGGAAUGAUGAUCGAUGAGGCGUACGAGUUUUCAGCGCCGCGCUUCUUCGAUUUCAUGAAAGAGGAGUCCGCUGAGGACGCUCGUAGGGCUGAGCUCUGGUUUGACUCCGCUCUCACCUACGCUCCUUCCCCAUUCAUGCCUAAGAUCAAGGUUGCUAGAUCGAUUAAUGUGCUAAGCCUGUGUGAUUUCAGUGAAGCUGAUAAAAUGCAGAAGACAUCAGGAAAUGUCGAUGAUAAUGGUCUGGAAACCAAUGCACAAACACAGAGCAUGACUACCAAAAGAAAGGAAGAUGAUGAACCUUGCACUGAGGCCAAGGAGGAAAAUACUACAACUGAUCAAGGAAGAAACGAGAAUGGUAAUAAGGGGGAUAGCGGAAGGGUUUCAUCAACCUUAGGAGGAUCUGUUGAAGUAGGAAAAGAUGUGUGCACGCCAAAACCAGCAUUGCAGAAAAAAAUUACCGCCACAUCCACGAAUUGCAAGAAGCAACAGAAUUCUAAGAAGGCACCCGUAAAGAGUACUAUGAAGAGCUCUGUGAAGAGCGCUGUGAAGAGCACUGUGAAGAGCAUUGCUGGGACUCCUAACUUGACCCAGGAGAAUCAAGCUAUUAAGAGGCAAAAACUGGAAGGAGGAAAAACUAGACAGAUUCUGAAUGUCAAACCUCAAACUUUGCUUCAUAAUAAGUCAAGACUUGGUUUAUCCACUAGCAAUGGCAACAUCCCUUCCAGUACUAGUAAAACUCUCAAAGAGGACAGAAAGGUUUAUGUCCGUGAAACACCAAAAAAACCAGCAGCACCAUUUGUAUCAAUGGCUGAAAUGAUGAAGAGAUUCCAGUCUAGUACCAGAGACCUGUCAUUGCAUAGCACUCUUUCCCAUGUAAAACCAAAACUCACAUUGACCAGGCCAAAGGAGCCUGAAUUUGAGACGAAUCAGCGGGCUCGCCCAACUACGGUGAAGAGUAGUGCUGAGCUUGAGGAAGAAAUGAUGGCUAAAAUGCCAAAGUUCAAGGCACGACCAUUGAAUAAGAAGAUUUUGCAAACUCCAACUUUGCCUCCCAUGCCAAGAAGUACACCACAUCCACCAGAAUUUAAGGAAUUUCAUCUGGAAACCUUGGCUAGGGCUCAUCAGAGUGCAGAUUCAGCUUCAAUAGCUUCAACUGAGGUGUCUCACAAGGAGAAUUCAUGGAAGCCUCAUCUUACUGAACCUAAAACACCAGUACUGCAAACCUCACUAAGGGCCCGCCCACCAAAGAUCAAAAGCUCAUUCGAAUUAGAGCAAGAGGAGCUUGAAAAGAUCCCUAAAUUCAAGGCAAGACCUCUAAAUAAGAAGAUCUUUGAAAGUAAAGGGGAUAUUGGAAUAUUCUGCCACACAAAGAAACAUGUUACAGAACCUCAAGAGUUUCACUUUGCAACAAAUGAGAGGAUUCCGCCGCCUGCUGCCAUAGCCGAUUUAUUUGACAAGCUUUGUUUGAAGUCUGAAGGUGCACAUAACCACAACCCAAUUCCAAGAAAAACAACUCCAAAUCCAUUUCACCUCCACACCGAGGAAAGAGGCGCUGAGAAAGAGAAGAAACUGUUCAUGGAACUUCUGCAGAAACAGUUGGAAGAGGAAGCCGCAAGGGUUCCCAAGGCUAAUCCAUACCCCUAUACCACCGACUUCCCUGUGAUCCCACCAAAACCAGAACCCAAGCAUUGCACAAAACCUGAGCCAUUCCAAUUGGAGAGCCUAGUGAGACAUGAGGAAGAAAUGCAAAGGGAACUUGAAGAAAGACUUAGAAUGGAAAGAGAAGAGGCCCAGUUGAGAGAGUUUAAGGCACAGCCAGUCUUAAAAGAGGAUCCAAUCCCAGUUCCGGAGAAGGUCCGCAAACCCCUUACACAAGUUCAAGAGUUUAGUUUACGUUUGACUAAUCGGGCUGUGGAUAGAGCACAAUUUGAUGAGAAGAUUAAGGAGAAAGAAACUAUGUACAAACGAUACAGAGAGGAGAGUGAAGCAGAAAGAAUGAUAGAAGAAGAGAAGGCACUGAAACAGUUGAGAAGAACGAUGGUUCCUCAUGCUAGACCAGUUCCAAAAUUUGAUCAUCCGUUUUGUCCUCAGAAGGCUGCUAAGGAAGCAACGAAACCCAAGUCACCAAAUUUGCGUGUACUCAAAAGGAGGGAGAGACGGAAGGUAUUCAAUGGAACUGUAGUCUCGAGUCCUGCAUCUAACAUGAGAUGACUGAAGUAUCCCAACUUGUGAUUAGUGUGUUCAAGAACUCUUGAAUCCUUGAUGUAAUAACUCACUGUAAUGUCUCAAAAUUAGAUAUCAAUUCUUUGAUGUAAAUUUUUCUAUAGCUGAAGUUAAUGGCAUCGUCCUUACUUUUAAGUCAUGCCAAUUUGUGAUGGGAGCCGCACAUAAUAAUGCUAAUUUAACUUGCUUUGUUACUUUUUAGUGUUUACUCAUACAUGCACAUAUUUUGUUUGGUUGACUUUUUAUGUCUUGAACAUUAGGAUCGGUGGUAAAAUUGGUUUAUCGAAAUUGUUUGUGUCUUAGGUUUGAAAUAAUAGUUCGAUAAAUUCACUAUGACAAAUAAUUUUUAAGAAGAUUUUAGCUUGCAA